AUGGCGAGUCCCCCACUCACUACACCAACCCCCGGGGGACACUUGAUAUCUAACGGCGGCGUGAAGAAAUGUGGGUACCUCAGGAAGCAGAAGCAUGGACACCGGAGAUUCUUCGUACUCCAAGAGGCGACGGAAAGCAGUCCCGCACGCCUGGAAUAUUAUGAAAACGAAAAGAAAUGGAGGAACAAAUCUGCAGCGAAGCGAUGCAUAACUUUGGACUCGUGUCUGUGCGUAAACAAGCGCGCAGACGCCAAACACAAGCACCUCAUCGCGCUGUACACUAAAGAUGAGUAUUUCGCUGUGGCUGCUGACGGCGAGCAGGAGCAGCAGAGCUGGUACGACGUCCUGAGCGAGCUGAUCGCCGAGGGGAAAGUGUAUGAUAGCCCCGUGUCUACGUCAUCUCUCGUGGGGUUCGAAGAGUCCAGCAGUGGGAGUAGCUACGGAGCCGUGGACGCCGUUAACGCUGCGUACAAAGAAAUGUGGCAGGUGAACCUCAAGGCCAAAGGUUUGGGGCAAGUGAAAAAUAUGGUCGGGGUUUAUCGUCUGUGUCUGUCCAGUCGUACUAUUAGCUUCGUCAAACUCAACUCCAAGAUUCCCGCGGUGAUUCUGCCCUUGAUGAAUAUCCGGCGAUGUGGACAUUCCGAUAACUUCUUCUUCAUUGAAGUGGGGCGGUCGGCCAUGACCGGGGCCGGGGAGUUCUGGAUGCAAGCGGAGGACUUGGUGGUGGCGCAGAACAUACAUGAAACCAUUCUGGAGGCGAUGAAAGCAAUGAAGGAGCUGUCCGAGUUUAGGCCGCGCAGCAAGAGCCAGUCCGCGAGCACCAAUCCGAUUUCGGUUCCAACGCGACGCAACUUUGCCAACCUCCCACCGAGUCAGACUGGGCUGGUCCGGCGCUCACGUACAGACAGCGUGGCAGCACAGUCGCCGGGCAGAAAGUUUACAUCUUGCCGAGUGCGCACGGCCAGCGAGGGAGACGGCAGCGCGAUGCGGCCCGUGUCAAUGUCCAUCCCAAUCGCAGCGAGUUCCUCAAGCCUUGGCAACCCCCGGCUUCGUGCGCAUACACUGAGCAGCGGCCGUACAUGCAGGAUGCUUGAGUCGGCAUCGAACCUCCACAGCCGCUCCAUCCCCAGCAGCUCGCCCCCGCUUGCGUCCAGUCCGCUUAGCUCGUCUCCCCGCGCCACUGCCUCGCUCUACACACCAGACAAAACACGACGGCCGUUUAGCUGCAGCGCGUCCAUCUCCGGCUCCCUCAGCGAUAACGGCUUCAUGCUCUGUGAGGACUUCAGCUCUAGCCCGAGCGAGGCGCGCGUUGUGCCCCUGAUACGAAGCAACACGCCUGACUCACUGUGCAGCACGCCACCCUCUCGUGACACCAGUGACCUGGGCGAAUACAUGAUCAUGGAAGGCCCAAAAUCCACCGGAAGCAUCGACAAAGCUUACCGCAAAAGAACACACUCACUGACCACGCCGCGGCAGCAGAGAGUGGUCGCGCCGCUGUCCUCCGCCUCCCUGGACGAGUACACCCUGAUGCGCAUGGGUCAGAACUUGCAGUCUGCUUCUCCCAAAGUGUCGUACCCUGAAGAUUACGGCGACAUUGAGAUCGGGUCUGUGCAGAGUUCCAACAGUAACUUAGCUGAAGAAGGCUACAUGCCGAUGACGCCGGGUGUUGUGCAGCCGUCACAGAAUGCGCAAUCUCCCAAAGCCGACAGCUACGUUCUCAUGAGCCCGAUGUGUGUGUCUGCACCUAAACAGAUUGUGAGCCCCAGAGGGCAGCCCCAAGUGGCCAGUGCUCACAACCACAAGGCUAACUCUCCGUGUGGCAGCUCUCUUGAAGAUAGUGGUUACAUGCACAUGUACUGCGGCUCCAAAUCUAGCAUGGACAGCCCCGACCGAAGUGGAGAAUAUAUGAACAUGUCUCCAGGAAACCCACCGCAGCUCCAGACUCCACCCGACUAUUUCAUCACCGAAGCUGCGCAACCGGCGGCUUCGCUAACCCGGCCUGCGCGGCUUCACACCGAGGACGGUCAGUACGUCAUGAUGAGCCCACAGAAUUCCCAACAAAGAAACGGCGAUUCCGACUACUAUUCUGUGAUGCAGCCUGGACAGAACUCGCCACUGACGCCAUCUCCGGUGCGAAGUGGGCGCAACGAUAGCGGCGGUAGCUACAGAGGGUGCACGGGACGACCUAACCGCCUGUCUCUGGAUGCGGUGCGGACGCUCCCGAGCAUGAACGAGCACCCAAGCAACGAGCCGCGGAGUCCGGGAGAAUACAUCAACAUCGAGUUCAACCCCGCACACUUCUCUCCGCCGUCCACAGUCUCCACAGAAAGCCAGGCCUCAUCUCUCGGCUCGACUGGUGGACCGAGCGACUACAUGAAUCAAGGUUUGGGAGUGAAACCGGAAGCAGAUGUUUCAGACGGCGAGAAGGAUCCGGUCCGAGGAAAAGGAGAGGACAACGGUGGCGAAUACCAGGAGAUGAGCUUUGGGAUGAGCAGCUCGCCUCUGCAGAUGGUGCCACAAAAUUCAGUAAGCCGGACCCCCCUCUCUGCCGUGCUCCAGGUCCCAGAUGAGCUCCGUGUGGGGGUCUUCCUCUUGGACCCAGCCCCAGACCCGGACUGCGUAGCUAAAGUGAUCCGGGCCAAUCCCACAGGACGCAGACGCCACAGCUCCGAGACCUUCUCCUCCACGGCCACAGUCACUCCGGUCCAGCCCUCUUUUGCCCUCAACUCUGCUCAAAAGUCUCCCCUGAAGCGUCACAGCUCGGUGGAGAACCUAUCGUCACGCUCCAGUGAAGGCUCGGACGAGGAGGCCAGCGCGGGCAGCCCGGUGGCCCACGGCGGGGCCUCUGGGGCUGGGUAUGGCCUGAACUAUCUGGCCCUGCUGGAGGGGAAGCCAGAGGAGAGCUUCCCCAACGCACACAGCUGUAAAGGGGUGGUCCACGGCCUGCGCGCGCCGGCGUAUGUGUGCCUCGGCUUCAAAGAGACCGCUACCACCGCAAAAGAUUAA